AGAUUGACAUUCAUCUUGGCUGCAGAAAGCAUGCCCUUGACGACCUUAGUAACAACGCUAUUGACGCUGUUGCCUCAAAGCGAAGUUGAUGGGGGGACGGCCGUAAAGCAGUCAGUAUAAGAGCCUCACGAUCCCCAUUAUUGAAUGGGCACGCUUGAAGCAUCACUCUCUUUUUACACACUCUUUCAGACAUUCUUUGAACAUUCGUUUCCAUUCGUCUUUCGUUCUUACCAACUUUUGAGAAGUAAAUACUUGUUACCGUCCAAAACCGAACCAACAACCAACAACAACAACACCAACCACUACACUCACAAUGAAGACUUCCGCUUUCGCUCUUUUGGCCGGUGCCAGCAUGGUCGCUGCCCACUCUCGCCCCAUCGCUGUCUGGGUUAACGGCGAGGACCAGGGCGUUGGCACUGGCUCCGGUGGCUACAUCCGCGAGGCUCCCAACAACUCUCCCGUCGUCGAUGUGACCUCCAAGGAUAUGACUUGCAACGUUGGUGGCAGCACCAAGGCCGGAAAGUCCCUUGCCGUUAAGGCAGGUGACAAGAUUGAUAUCGAGUGGUACCACAACACUCGUGGCGACGACAUCAUCGACCCCUCUCACAAGGGUCCCAUCAUGACCUACCUUGCUCCCGCUGCCUCCAACGGUGAGGGCGAUGUCUGGGUCAAGAUUGCCGAGAAGGGCUUCGAGAACGGCGAGUGGGCUGUUAUCAACCUCAUCAACAACAAGGGCAAGCACUCCGUCACCCUCCCUGACCUCGCCGACGGUGACUACAUCCUCCGUGAUGAGAUCCUCGCCCUCCACGAGGGUAACCGUAACGGUGGUGCCCAGUUCUACCCCAACUGCAUCCAGAUCACCGUUUCUGGCGGUUCCACCACCCUCCCCGCUGGUGUCGCCAUUCCUGGAGCUUACAAGGCUGACGACAAGGGCGUCCUCUUUGACAUCUACAACUCCUUCACCUCCUACCCCAUCCCUGGCCCUGCUGUCUGGGACGGUGCCUCCAGCGGCAGCCCUGCUCCUGCUCCCGCCCCCGCCGCCAGCUCUUCUGCUGCCCCUACUCCCACCUCUGCCCCUGCUGCCACUCUCACCCCCGCCAACCCUACCACCGGCUACCCUACUGCUCCCGCUGCUACCAGCGCUCCUGCGGCUACCAGCGCUCCUGCUGCUACCAGCGCUCCUGCUGCUCCCGCUCCUACUCAGGGCGCCGGCAAUGGCAACGAGGGCUCCGAGAGCACUCUUCCCAAGACCUUCACUCUUGACACUUUCAUCACCUGGCUUCGCGCUAACGCUGGCUCUCCUACUGCCCAGAAGCUCCGCCGCGCUCACGCCCGCGCUUUCAACUUCUAGGCGUCUCGCAUCUUGGGUGUUGAAUGAUGCAAAUCUACUACUACUCCAUAAAACUGCAUGACCCGGCGUCGUGGAUGGUUUCUUAUUGUUGUUCUGGACACAUCAAGUAUUUUCUCAUGACAGGGCAUUUUGGUCCCUGACGAUUUAGAAUGGCAUCUUUUAGCCAUGUUCACUUCUUUGUAUAUACAACUACACGACGAAUGGAAUAUCAAAAUUCCCCUUGCC